AUGAGUGACUAUGACGAUUGGAGCAGUGAUGAGGAGAGCUAUGAUGAAGAGUCAGCCAACCGACUGGGGAAACUUGUGUCCGCGGAGGAGUACAGGGCAUUCGUCAACGAAGUCACCCUGGAAAACGACUUCUUCGAAAUCACUUCAGACGGAAGGCUGGUGGAGCUGGUAACUCUCGGCCUCUCCUCCACCUGUCUCGUCAUAGGGAAGGACAACUGUGACAUCUACAGCGGGGACACAACGCCCUCUUGCGGCGGCCCGGAUCCCUGCAGCCCGUACGUCGGCACCUUCGAGCUGAAGAGGAUCCUGUUCCUGGAGCAGGUCCGUCUGACGGUGCACGAGGCGUGGCGGUCCCGGCUCAAACUGGAGCUACCCAACGGGAAGAACUACUUUUAUCAGCGGUGGCAGGACCUGGUGUCCACGUUAGAGACAGACUUCCCCGCCUACCGCGCAGAGUACCUCAGGAUCAAGAGACAAGGGACGAGAGAGAGGAGAGAGGAAACGUGGAAGUCCAGAUACAGGCCAUAUGGCAAUGGUAGCGGAGAGGGCCACGACUCAGAUGAAGAUGACCUCACUACAGGGCCGAAGAGAAUAACGUCUGCCGAGCUUUAUGCCGAGAUCUCCCAUCCAAACGUUCGCUCCGACGUCACGUCUGGGCCGGGGGUAGAUCAGAGUCCACCCCGUCUGGAAAGGAACGAAUUAUUCGAACCUGCCGCGCAAAGUGAGCCGAGUUCCUUCACUAACAUCACCCCGAGAAGUGAGGAUCCAGACGGCCUAGAUGAAAGCGAUGACGAUGUGGAAGACUGGAACGUACCGGAGUCCAGCGACGACAGCGACGGGGACAUCUCGCUGAGCCCUUCGGACCGGGACCUCGGGCGCCUGCCGCCGAAGUACCUCACACUCCGCGUGCGGUCGCUUUUCGAGAAGACCAGCGUGGAGUUUCACAGGCACGGGGACACCAGGCUGUGCCGGGCGGCGUCGCUUGGAGGGAUCUCCGAGCAGGAUGGUGACGAGAGCUGGUGCGAACUGGCCGGCACAACCCGGUCCUCACUUCUGCGUUACUCGUCCUUACCGGACAUCCUGGAGGGCCAGGCGGGGUUCCUGUGGCAGCGGUCCCGUGUGGUGGUGAGGGAGGUGACGGUAGACGGGCACCACGUGGAGCUGACACCGGAGGAGGUGUCCCUGUUACGUGAGGUCGCGACCCUGAGGAAGACCCCGGCAGACCUGGACAUCCUGGUCAUCACGGACUUCACGUCAGGCCAGACUGGUCAAGUGGUCAGGGUCAGCAGGAGCGUCGGAAAUCUCGGUCGACACCUGGAGAACGUGAAGUUCAUCAACGCGCCAUCUAGCGGAAACCCCGAGAAACGACUGCCAGACAAUCAGAUAAAGGAGGAUUUCUCCAUCGAUGACGCGUUCCAAAAAUACAUCGUGCAGCAUCCAGAAAUGAGCCCCACAAAACGUAAGACUGACCGUCGAAAGAGUGUCGCCGCUGCUUUCAACAGUAUCUUUCACAGCCCUAAGGCCCAGUCACCCUCUCCAAAAAAGAGAGGCCAUAAUCGUCAAGACAGAAACUCAAAGGAAAACACUGGAAAAAAGACACCUUCGUCUUUGAGCCCGUCACCUAUGACAGAGAAUAAAGGAAGAAGAAAAUCUGUGGCACAAACCUUGGCUAAGCCAUUUGUGAAAUUAAAGAAGUCCAGCUCCAAACUCCUACACAAGAGGAUCACGCCACUAUCUGAGGUUUCAGAGGAAAUGCCCUGUGCAGAAUUAGAAAAUGGCAACCAGACUGUCGACCUCCACAACAACACACAGGUGAGAAAACGUCUGAAACUGCUUCUUGUACAAGUUUGA